UGUCCAGAAUCUUGAUGCUGGAUCUCAUUUGCGUGAUCGUGGCGUAAGGCACUCGUAGUGUUGCUCUUCUGUGCGUUUAUUACGGGACUUUGCUGAAACGCGCUUUUUUCGCUCGCAGAUUCGGGCUCCGGGUAUUAAAAAUGCGGUGAAAACAUUCGGGCUCGGGGUUCGAAUCCGCUCAAGGAAUAUCGUGGGCCCAGCCAUUUUGCUCUAUCGAGAGAGAGACGAGAAGUGUGAGGAGUCAGGAGAGACUGAGAGACAGCUCUGACCGCUCUACUGCUACCCUGUCGGACGGAGGUGGUGGUCGCGGCUCCGUGCGGAUUCCUUUUCAUUCUAUUUCCCAGUGUCGUUGAAUCGCUGUUGUUGCUCGAGGAAGUGCCGCGAUAACUAAAAUUGACCAAAAUGUCAGGCAACACGGGAAUGGAACAGUUGAUACCAAUUGUAAAUAAGCUUCAAGAUGCGUUCACUCAGCUCGGAGUGCACAUGCAACUCGACCUGCCACAGAUCGCUGUUGUGGGCGGACAAAGUGCUGGCAAGAGUUCCGUUCUGGAAAAUUUUGUUGGCAGAGAUUUCUUGCCAAGAGGAUCAGGCAUUGUAACAAGGAGACCACUUAUUCUGCAGCUGAUCAAUAGCUCCACUGAACAUGCCGAAUUCCUUCAUUGUAAGGGUAAAAAAUUUGUGGAUUUUGAUGAAGUGCGUAGAGAAAUUGAAGCAGAAACAGAUAGAGUUACAGGGAGUAACAAAGGAAUUUCAAACAUACCAAUUAACCUCAGAGUAUAUUCUCCGAAUGUCCUCAAUUUAACUUUGAUCGAUUUGCCUGGUCUCACCAAAGUACCAAUUGGAGAUCAACCAGUAGAUAUCGAGGCUCAGAUAAAGGGCAUGAUAUUUCAAUUCAUCAAAAGGGACAAUUGUCUUAUAUUAGCUGUAACACCAGCAAACACUGAUUUGGCAAACAGUGAUGCACUUAAGUUGGCAAAAGAAGUGGAUCCGCAGGGUGUGCGCACAAUUGGUGUUAUUACAAAGCUCGAUCUUAUGGACGAAGGUACAGAUGCAAGAGAUAUUUUGGAAAAUAAGCUACUACCACUUCGACGAGGGUACAUCGGUGUCGUUAACAGAAGUCAAAAAGAUAUCGAAGGUCGUAAAGAUAUCAAAAAUGCUUUGGCUGCUGAAAGAAAGUUCUUUCUCAGCCAUCCGUCUUAUCGACACUUGGCAGAUAGACUUGGAACACCAUACUUGCAGAGAGUUCUCAACCAACAGCUGACGAACCAUAUAAGAGACACAUUACCAGCACUGCGAGACAGAUUACAGAAGCAAUUACUUACUUUGGAAAAAGAUGUGGAACAGUACAAGCACUUCAGACCAGAUGAUCCAGCUAUAAAGACAAAGGCAAUGCUUCAAAUGAUUCAACAACUGCAGUCAGAUUUCGAGAGGACCAUCGAGGGUUCUGGUUCAGCACAAAUCAAUACCAAUGAGUUAAGUGGUGGUGCGAAGAUAAACAGAAUCUUCCAUGAACGAUUCCCAUUUGAAAUUGUUAAAAUGGAAUUUGACGAAAAGGAACUAAGGCGCGAAAUUGCUUUUGCAAUUAGAAAUAUUCACGGUAUCAGAGUUGGUCUGUUUACUCCCGAUAUGGCCUUUGAAGCCAUUGUCAAAAAACAAAUUAACAGGCUGAAGGAGCCUAGCCUCAAGUGUGUCGACUUGGUUGUACAAGAACUUAGCAAUGUUGUGCGUAUUUGCACUGACAGGAUGGCUCGUUACCCUAGACUUCGAGAGGAAACCGAACGUAUUAUUACCACUCAUGUGAGGCAGCGAGAGCAGCUUUGUAAAGACCAGUUGAUACUUCUGGUUGAUUGUGAACUGGCAUACAUGAACACGAAUCACGAAGAUUUUAUCGGCUUUGCCAACGCGGCGGCCAGUAGCCAUAAUGCAAGCGCUCAGCAGUCGUCUGAAAAUUCAGUUAAGGCAGGUCGUCAUACGUUGGGCAAUCAAGUUAUCCGUAAGGGAUAUAUGUGCAUACAUAACUUGGGAAUUAUGAAGGGUGGUUCAAGAGACUACUGGUUCGUUCUUACUUCGGAGAGCAUCUCCUGGUUCAAAGAUGAGGAGGAAAGAGAAAAAAAGUAUAUGUUGCCUUUGGAUGGAUUGAAGCUUCGAGAUCUGGAACAGAGCUUCAUGUCACGGAGGCAUUUAUUUGCUUUGUUCAAUCCUGAAGGCAGAAAUGUAUACAAGGACUAUAAGCAGUUGGAAUUAAGUUGUGAGACACAAGAUGAUGUCGAUUCAUGGAAGGCCUCUUUCCUCAGAGCUGGAGUAUAUCCUGAGAGGGCAACAGAACAGGCUAACGGCGAUGGAGAGGAAGGAUACGAGGGUGGAACUGAGAAUCAAUCUUCGAUGGAUCCUCAGCUGGAACGACAGGUGGAAACUAUAAGAAAUCUUGUUGACUCCUAUAUGAAAAUCGUCACAAAAACAACGCGAGAUCUUGUACCAAAAGCUAUCAUGAUGUUGAUUAUCAAUAAUGCAAAGGAUUUUAUCAACGGCGAAUUAUUAGCUCACCUUUAUGCCAGCGGUGACCAAACUUCUAUGAUGGAAGAAUCACCUGAAGAAGCCCAGAAGCGCGAGGAAAUGCUUAGAAUGUAUCAUGCUUGCAAAGAAGCUUUACGAAUUAUUGGAGAUGUCUCAAUGGCAACAGUUUCUACACCAGUACCACCUCCAGUCAAAAGUGACUGGCUGGCGUCCGGUGAAAAUCCAAGUCUUGGGCUAUCUCCGCCAUCUCCUGGUGGGCCAAGGCGAGUUGUUGCACAAUCAAUGAUGCCUCCAGCAAGCUCGCGGGCUCCGCCACCGGUACCAGCUGGAGGACGACCAGCACCAGCUAUUCCCAACAGACCUGGACCUGGUGCACCCCCUCCAGCCCGAGCCACCCCUGGCCUGCCACCACCACUCAUACCAUCUCGUGGGGGUGGGCUGCAGCAACGAGUGGGUCAAGCUGCUACACAGGCUGCUGCUAAUGCUGCUAUGAACGAGAUGAUGGAUGCAUUCAGGAUCAAGUAAAUAAUGAAAAAAAAAUGCUAUCGCUUGCCAUAUCGAACUUUGCAGUUGCCUAUCUAAAUUGAAAUGAGUAAUUAAACUUAUGUAGAAUGGUAGACUGUUCAGGGUUAAGAAGAAACUAAUUCUAAUCUCUAUUCUAUGAUAAAAGUUUACUAAUUUGCAACUAACUUUUUGAUUUCUAUGCAUGAUUUUACAAGCUGAAUUAAUGACUGUUAGAUUUCUAAACUAUAUACAAGUAUACGACAUUGGGAAAUAAACACAAAGUAUGGUGUAACAUUAUUCGUAUUGCAUUUCAUGCCAUCAUGAACAGACUGCUUUACCCUUGGGUGUGUCGUUCUUAAAGCUCGACAGGAUAGAAGUAGUAUUCGAUUUUACAAAAACUAUUGUUGAGAGCACAAAAGAAAAAGUCCUGGGCUAACAAGUUUUAAUACCAAGGGUUAAUUCAUCUUGUAUGAAAGCAAUACAUUGAUUGAAGCACACAUGCACGUGUACCCCAGAGUUGAAAAAAAUUGAAUUAUUCUUUUGACAAAUUCAUGUAUCUACAAAAGAAAAAAGAUUAUACUAAUAAUGAUUAUUCAUUGAACAGUAUCUAAAAAGUUUUAGGUACCUUUUGGUGGAUUCUAGAAUAUAGUUACUGUUCAGAUCUGAACUAGGUUUUCAAAAUUGCUUCUUGGUAUAAAUUCAUAUGUACGACGAUGCCAAGUUUAGCAAACUUUGUGUACUGGCCAACAAGUCAGGGUGAAAACUAGCGUACAAAUUACAGUAUGAAAAUUGUUCAUAACUCAGAUCGGAGAAAUUUUAUUCAGCUCUUGCCAUGGCUGUUUAUUCAAAAUGUCAAAUUUCAUCUAAAAUUUGUAGUCAUAAUAUACAGUAUUAGAAGAUGACAUGUCUAUAAAUUGUAUACUUAUCUAAGUAUGCUACAAGGGAUUGUAGGACUGGACAAAAUAAUAAAUCCCGUAUUGGAUACUGGACUUGAAUACAAACUUGAAAUUUCAUUUAUUUACAACAUAAAUCAGGCUGUUGGAAAUUUGGAUAAAGACAAUCUUUCAACAGGCUAUGACUAAACGUCAAUUAUUAACUAGUGUAAUUCUAGCCACAAAAUUGUUACACGCAGAUUGAAUUUUUGUGCUACGAGUGAAGUGAACUCUUCAAAAGUUGCUUGGAAAUGUGUUGUAUGUACUUCAAUUAUGAGUGAUCACAGAAAUGAAUAUGUCUUUCUGAGUUGCGAUAAAUGUUCUAGAAAGGGGAUUUCAUUUAAUCGCGAUUGAAUAUUAUAUCAAUUAUAUAAAAUUGGCAUUAGCCAUACCUGUACAGUUAUCUAGUUUUUGAUUGUCUCUGCUGUGUUUCAAUUGAAUAAUAGAUCAUAGCUAAUUAUACAGCAAAUUUUUGGUGAAAACUUUUGCUUUUGUUGGAACUGGCGGUGUCACGUAGCUCGGAGGAUGUCUUUUCACCAAAGAUUCCCUGUAUUGGCACCUUAGUUCUUAAGUGUACAUUAAAUACACAUAAUAUAUGUCGGAUUGCAAAGAGGAAAGAUUCAUCUUGUUAAAUUACUGAAUACAAAAAAAAACUCAUUCUAACGAUCCAGUGGUAAAUAUUACGAUGUAUAGAUAUUAUAUUUUAAUGAAUCGUUAGUUGAGAGGUUUGACCCUUGAAAAUUGGAUUUUUCGCUUUAUGUGAUGACUGACGUUUCAAAAAAGACAAAAUAAUUCGUCAAGUGUUGGACAAUUCGCAAUGUUAAAUCAAGUAAAUUAUACGGAACUAUCAAAUCCAACUCUAUGUAAAAUAAAUUUAUUGCUAUUAAUGAAUGAUAUAGUUUAAAUGCAAUAUUAAAUUAUUCAAUUGCAAGAAUUUCGAAAAUUGCAAAGAAAGCAGCUCUAAUAUAAUUAUUAGUCAUGUAAAACGUUUCUGUCGUAAAAAAUAUAGAUGAGACCAGUAUAAAGUGAGGCAAAAUGGGACAAGUAAAACUUUUAUGAAAAAUUGUUCUUCACAUUUUUCAAAGGUACCCUAUUUUGUCCCGCGAAUAAAAACUAAUUUGUUGGCAAAUAUGCAAACAGAAACGGGAAAAUGUCAUUCGAAUAAUCAUAAUGAUGUUCUUUCCUUGAAUGUCCCACUUUGACCCAGUCUCUCUAUUGUUUGCGUGAAAUUAUAAUUGAUGUCGAAAUGGUUUUGCUUUAUAAAAUCAGAACCUGCUGCGCAUGUCCUUGAAAUGGAUGAAAAAAUCAGUAUUUAUCAAUUGAGCAAUCGGUUUCAUUUAAGUUCUAUCAUUCUUAGUAAAAGAAAAACGAUUUCAUGAGUAACUAAGUCCUGAAAAGUCUACCAACAAUAGCCGUGAUUAUUAGAUGCCCUUACCACAAGUAAACUCUGCCGGCAUUCCAUACAAUAGAUCAGUUAAAUUAGAAAUAUAAGCAUUUCUUGCAGUUGAAGUUCAGGAUAUUGUUUUUUGAUAUAGAAGAAUAAAUGUUAUCGUUAUAUAUAAUUACUUGAUAACGAUUUUCAGUGAUAUUUACAAUUAUUAUUGGACAAAAAUGUCAUGCUGUUAUGAUAAAGUGAUCUCGUAUUCACUCUACGUAUUAUAUCAUUGUGUUAAUUAAAUUUUAAAUGUUAGUAAUUGAUACUGAACGAGUGUAGUACUGAGUAAUUUAAAAAAAUUGGAAAACAGGAGAGUGAACUUUAGCAUAAAUUUGAUGCCUGGUAAUUUUGAUUUAUAGAAAUGUCUAUGUGUCCAUAAAGAUUGUUUAACUAUUGGCUAUCUAAAGCAAAACCUACUUCAUCAUAGUAUGUGAUAUAGUGUAACUACUUUCAAAGUUUAUCGUAAAAGAUAAUGAAAACCUUAACUCUAUUGUCAACGAAAUUAAAGAUUUGUCACAACAAUUAUUUGGUCUAUUCGAAUAUAAAGUAUCAAUCGUAAGUCGUGUAAAUGUUAUCACAUCAAAUUAUUAUCUCUGAAUAUACUUGAUGCGUCUGAAGGUUACGACAUUAAUUGCCAAAAUAUGUAUCAAGUUCUGCUUAAUAAAAGGAUAUAUAUCACUGCAAAAGUGAAUGUUUCUUCAAAUGAAGUGAUAAGAAAAAUGUUAACUCGUAUCAUUCCAUUCAAAGCCGGGCAGUGCUGCGUUCAUAUAUAAAUAUUAUUUAUUAUUUAUGAAAAUAUGUGCAGUCACGAGUGGCAUUAUAUUGGAAUGUUAUUGUACAGUAUACAUUGUAUAUCUAACAGAUUCAUGCACUGUUGCCAGGCUAAUAAGUUAUAAAUCUAUUCUGUAGCACCAUGUCCCAUGUUCGGUAGUUAUUAGCAUGUUAAGAAAUGUUCAAAUUUACCUACAUGGCAGUUUCGAUUAACUUUUAACUUUUCAAUUUUUAUUUUUAUUUCUGUUCAGUUUUCGAUCGGAAUAUGAUUUCUAUACGCAAGUCAAUCUGUAAAAAUCACUUGUGUGUAAGUAGUAGAUUGUUUUCGAUAUAUGUGAAAUGAGAAAUAAGUUCACAGAUCAAACGACAACGAAAAGACGGUGUAACUAGUUAUUUGGAAACCAGAGUCUCAUGAGUUAAUUGAUAGUUUCUUAUAUUCAUUCCGUAUUCAUAAGUCAAUUAUUAAUACGAUCUCUUAGAAAAAACGCGAUUAGUGGCCCCAGAGUAGAUAUUAGUUGUAAAUUUUCCAAAUUAAAUUAUACUGAGAACAUAAAUUUUCCUUCUGUGUUUGUAAUUACUGAACGCUCUCAUGUAGUACUGAAUAUGGGGCUGAAAAAUCGUUACUGUAGUAAUGCACUGAACUGAUCGCUUCUGUGACGAAAUAAAACAAUGUUGGUAAAUAUAUAACAAUUAGAAAAAAAAAGUGAAAACUAAAAAAUAAUAAUAUUUAUCACAUUAACAUAAGUAGUUAUGGCAUUUAGUUCAUAGUACUAUACAAUGAUGAAUCCCAAGGAUAUAACAUAAACUUGCUUGUGGAUAUUCAACUCAACUCCUAAAGUACUCCUUAACAAUAUUUAUUCAGAUCAUUUGAGAAAUUCAUCUUCAGUAUUUACCCGCACCAUUAUGAAUAAUACGGCUUUGAGUCGAUAUUUUCAUUUUCAAAUAUAUUCUUUUCUGACUCUACUUUUUGUUGAAUUUGUUACAAAAUGUACAUUUGAAAAUCAAUAACAUUUUCCUUUCAUAAAAUCGAAGUUUGGUACACUGAAUGCUUCCACCUAGAGCCUUAAUAUUCGACAGAUAAGUAUACCAAGUUGAAUAUUUGCAAUGUAUAGUGACUUUAAUAA